AUGGAAGAUUUAGUAGCAGGGAUCAAUAUGUUGAUUGCAAAAGAUGCUUCGCCAGAAGUUAUGGUCCAGUACUUUCAGAAUUACAAGAAUGAUGAUUGGAAGAAAUAUGCAAUGUGGGAUCCUUACAGAUACACUCGAAAUUUAAUCGAAGAAGUCGACGGAAAAUACUCAUUGAUCCUCCUCUGCUGGCCCGAAUCCAACGCCAGCGCCAUCCACGACCACCCAAACUCCGACUGCAUCAUGAAGUGCCUCUCUGGAACUGUCAAAGAAACCCGCUUCGCCUGGCCAGAAAAGAAGAAAACGAAAAUGACGGAAACUGGCUACACUGUAGGAACAGAGGGAGAUGUUAUUCACAUAAAUGAUGACCUGGGACUCCACCGCGUUGAAAAUCCUUCAUCUUCAGAAGGCGCUGUUACUCUCCACUUCUACUUUCCCUGCAUUCAUGAAUGUCUUGUUUUCGACGAAGAAACUGGCAAGGCUCGACGAGUAAAGAUGACCUACACUUCCAUCCGAGGCGUCAAGCAGACUCCACAACAGAAGUUUCUCCCGUCGUCCUAUGCCCAUUUUUUUUGA